AUGGGGUUAAAACUCGGUCUUCAACUAGAAAAGGCAAAUAAAGGGACAAAUAUUGUCCUUCUCUCUCAAAUGGAGCCUCAAAAUGUCAAAGAAGCCCUCAGUGACCCUUCUUGGGUAAAAGCAAUGGAUGAUGAGCUUCUUGAGUUUGAGAAGAACCAAGUGUGGACCUUGGUUUCAAGGCCAAGUGGAAAGAAAGUGACUAGAACCAAGUGGAUAUUUCGGAACAAGUUAGGAGAAGAUGGCAGCAUUGCAAGAAACAAGGCAAGGCUAGCGGCACAAAGAUAUGACCAAGAAGAAGGAAUUGACUUUGAUGAAUCAUUUGCCCCUAUAGAGAAGUGUAUGAGACAAUUCUGGGCAAGUGAAGAGCGUUUCUCUCAAUCAGCGUGUUCUGGACUUGUUGCACUUGCAGAUUUUCCUAGGCUAGCCUAA